UACCAAAGACACGGGGCCCUUAACCGAAGGACCUAGCACUGUAUCACAGAAACAGAUGCUGUGAUGAUAAGCACGUAAUCUUGGAUUUUUAUAUAUAAUCGUUUCGUUGCAACUUGUUAUUGGUUUUAACGAUGGCGAACGAAAAUGAGCUGGAAAAGAAAGCAAUUGAAGAGCUCCUCAAAGAGACUGACAGAGCUCGAGUAAGAGCUGAGACCAUGGGCCCAGCAGGAUGGUUGAAGUGUCCACUGCAGAGCACCAACAAGCGUUUCCUUCUCAACACUUUGCGGUCCACUGGCCUUCAUGAUCGCAGCAGUAAAUCCAGAGAAAGACACUCUUCCAGAAACUCAGAUUUAAGGAGCAAGAGCUACGACAGGAGUCCUGGUCGCAGCAGAUCACCUCACCGAGAGGAUCGGAGACAUGAAGGCCACAGGGAAAGCAAAAAAUAUCAGCGGGACAGUCAUCGCAAUAAAGACAAGAAAGAAGACAAAGAGAGGAGUCACAAACACAGAGACAACAAAGACAAAAGACAUGGAAAAGACCGACACAGCAGACGUGGACCUCGAGAAUGAAGCAGCUUUGUUUGUGGAAGGAACACAGUUUUAACAAGACCAAGUUCUUCACAGAGCACAAGAGAGGACACGACUGAAAGUGUCCAAUGACUGACCAGGACAACCCACAACACGGAUGGAUUCCUGUUCACUUGAGAAGGGAAAAUGGCCCUGAUUUUUUUUUUUUUAACUUUUUUCUUCUAGGAAAAAUGGCCUAGAUUCUCCCUACAAAAGGAAAAGGUAGUCUUACUCACUGUAUUUAAUGAUUAACAUAUGAAUUUAUAAUUUACAACAAACCCUGUAGCUGAGGCAUAUUUAUUUUUUAAUGUGUUUCUUCACUCUGUUCUUCAAUAUGACUAAUGGUUGAUAAAAAAGUCUGUUUCAGUAAAGGCGUUUGGUUUUCAGUGGUAAUGCCA